GACCGCAUAGUCAAAAUGGGGUGUUGUUACUCAAGGCUAGAAAAAGAAGAAAUGGUGGCAAGAUGCAAAGCAAGAAAAAGAUACAUGAAACAAUUUGUAAAAGCAAGACAUUUUUUUUCAGCAUCACAUUGCAUGUAUUUAAGAUCUUUAAAAUCCACUGGCUCCGCCUUACUUCAAUUCGCCACCGCCGAAACCACCCUCCACCACCACCUCCACCCGCCACCCAACCACCACCACCAUAAACCACCCACUCUCCCAUCACCACCACGCCCACAACCACCCAUGAGUCCCACUUCACAAACAUGGACAACCACCACUUCCACCACCACCACUCCACUACCGCCGCCGCCGCCGCCGCCGGCGUCAUCCACCUGGGAUUUCUGGGACCCAUUUAUGCCAUCAUCAUCAACAAGGUCAGGAACUGUAGAUGAUGAUAAUAAUGAUGAAGAAUGGGAAGAUAUGUCUACCACCAUUCCCUCCGAGACCGCCGUCACAACGAGUGUGGCGGCGCCGCCACCGCCGCCAUCCAGCUCCACUGCCACCACUAGUGAGAUGCAAGUGGUUGUGUCUACUAAGAUUAAAGAUUUGAUGGAGAUUAUUAAGGAACUUGAUGAGUAUUUUCUUCAGGCGGCGGAUUCCGGUGGGAAGUUGUCGGCGUUGUUAGAAGUUCCGGCAAGUACUCUUCCUGGUCAAAGAUCUUCAGGCAAAGUUCAUGGGUACGGGAGAAACUUGAGCCCAUUGUUUAGUUCAUGGAGCUCGACUCCAAAGUCAAAUGUUUUUGGGAAGUUCGGAUGUGAUGACAUGAUCGGAGAUAGUCCUGUUGGUGGUGGUCUUAUUGUUGGUAGCCAUUGUUCUACGGUAGAGAGAUUGUAUGCUUGGGAGAAGAAGUUGUUCCAAGAGGUUAAGAACAUGGAGGGUUUAAAGAUGGAGCAUGCAAAGAGGGCGGAACAGUUGAGGAAAAUGGAGAUCAAGAGAUCUGAUUAUAUGAAGACUGAGAAAGUUAAGAAAGAAGUGGAGAAAUUGGAGUCUAGAAUGAUGGUUUCUUCUCAAGCUAUCGAGUCAACCUCAGAUGAAAUAGUCAAACUCCGCGAGGAAGAGCUUUACCCACAACUUGUUGAGCUUGUUAAAGGAUCAAUGGGCAUGUGGAGAAGUUUAUAUGAAUGCCACCAAGUCCAAAUGCACAUAGUACAGCAGCUUAAGUACCUCCAUGUCAUCCCGUCAACAGAGCCCACCUCCGAAAUACACAGGCAAGCGGUUCUUCAACUUGAGCUUGAGGUUCAACAGUGGCACCUAGCCUUCUGCAACCUCAUAAAAAGUCAACGUGACUAUAUUCAAUCUUUGACUGGUUGGCUCCGCCUCAGCCUCUUCCAGUUUGGGAAAACUCCGUUAUCACAAAACAAACAAGACUCCGCCAUCUACACCCUUUGUGAAGAAUGGCAUCGCGUGGUCGAAAAUGCCCCUGACAAAGUCGCGUCUGAGGGCAUCAAAGCUUUACUAGCUGCAAUUCAUGCCAUAGUGGUCCAACUAGGCGACGAGCACAAGCAAAAGAAAAGGUCAGAAUCGUCAUUUAAGGAGCUGGAGAAAAAAAUGACGGAGCUCCGGUCUCUUGAACGUAAGUUGGGACCGUUUUCCGGUUCGGCAAGUGGGAAAGACCCGGUGGGGGACAAACGGGCCAAGGUGGAAAUGUUAAGGGCAAAGACAGAGGAUGAAAGGGGCAAAUUUGAGAAAUCAAUCGGGGUAACGAGAGCAAUGACGUUAAGUAACCUACAAAUCGGGUUACCGCAUGUUUUUCAAGCCGUGACGGGCUUUGCUAACGUGUGGGCACAGGGGUUCGAGUCAGUUUACAACCAUGCUAAGAAGCCCGAAGAGGUGCAAGAUGAUUACGUCCCAACAGUGUUUGAUAAUUUCAGUGCAAAUGUAGUUGUCAAUGGCAGUACAGUCAAUCUUGGCUUGUGGGAUACUGCUGGACAGGAAGAUUAUAACAGAUUAAGACCAUUGAGUUAUCGUGGGGCUGAUGUUUUCAUUUUGGCAUUCUCGCUCAUUAGUAAGGCUAGCUAUGAAAACGUCUCCAAGAAGUGGAUUCCAGAGUUGAAGCAUUAUGCCCCUGGCGUCCCAAUCAUUCUUGUUGGGACUAAACUUGAUCUUCGGGAUGAUAAGCAGUUCUUUGUAGACCAUCCUGGUGCAACUCCCAUUACUUCUGCCCAGGGAGAGGAGUUAAAGAAGACAAUUGGAGCUCCUGAGUACAUUGAAUGUAGUUCAAAAACACAGCUGAAUGUGAAGCAAGUUUUCGAUGCUGCCAUUAAAGUUGUUCUGCAGCCUCCAAAGAUGAAGAAAAAGAAGGGAAAGGCUCAAAAAGCAUGCUCGAUAUUGUAAUCAACAAGAAGAUCAAAGCACCGAAACUAAGCUGUAUUUCAAUGUUCUUCCACCUCAACUUGUCUUGGAUUCAUUUUCAUGUUUGUCGAUUUGUAUUUUGAUCUUUUAAAUACUAAGAUGUUAAUGUACUAAUCCUGUAGUUCGGUCAAGAAUUUGUAUUCCAGUGUUCGUUUCCGUA